AUGGCGGCUCAGCAAGCCGCGGACCCGCGCGCCCAUCACGGCGGCAAUCCUCAAGGCGGUUCGGCGUCGGGUCAGGCGACGUCGAAUCGGUACCGGCAGCACCCGCAGUACAUGCUGUCGGAUAUCCCGAGCAUCGAGGAGGAGGACCACGCCGCGUACGACGACGCGUCGCCCACCGGUGAGUCUGCCAUGGUGCAGCCCGUGUCGCAGCGGUCGCACUCGUACUCGCGCGCUGGGUCCAUGGGCAGGGAGACGGAGGGGCAGGGCGAGCGGGAGUGGGAGCGCGAGAGAGCGUACGAGCGAGACAGGGAGCGGCAGCGGGAUGCUCCCGUGCGGGAUUGGAGGGAAGGCGAGCGCGAGAGGGGCAGUGGGCGAGAGAGGGGUGGGGCAAUGGAGUACGGCAAGGGGCGCGAGAGAGAGGCAGAGGCGGUGAGGAGCAGGGAGUCGGAGAGGAGUGGCAGCUGGAAGGAGAGCGAGAAGCACAGAGGGGAGCGCGGCAAUUUCAGGGACAACGAACGAACGGGUGGCGAGAGGAGUGCGGGCAGUUCUCGUGAGCGCGAUCGCGCGGACAGGGGCACGGGGAGCUCGCGGGAGCGUGGUGAGCGCGCUGUGGCGAGCGGCAGCGUGCGGGAGAGGGAGCGGUUGGAGCGCGAGAGGGAAAGGGAGCGAGAGUACGAGCGGGGGAGGGAGAGUGAGUGGGGCCGUGACGACUCGACGAGAAGAGAGCUUUCGUACGAGGAGGACGAGGAGCAGCAGGGGCAUUACGAGGAUCACUCGAGGUACCAGGCUUCGCAGCACGCACAUGCGCAUCAGCACUACCAACAGCCGCCUGCAAAGGCGCGAACGGACGGGCACAGCUCGCAGCACUCAAUGCAGCAGCCGCAGCAGCCCCGUCAGUCGCAACAGAUGCCGCUUCAGCAGCAGCACCACCACCACUCGCAAGACGGCCUCUCCUCCUCGCCGCAGCGCCAUCCCAUGCCCCGCCCCUCUCGUUCCGCGUCCUCCGGCUUCCCCUCUCCCCUGGCGCCUGCCGCCAAGGGUUACGCCCCCGCGCCCAGUUCCUCGGGGCCCACGCCCGCCCACGCGGGGGAGGCGCGCUACGGGUCGCCGGCAGGCCCGGUGGCAGCGCUGAAGCAGAGCGCGCGGCACCGGCGCAUCCGGUCGGAGGACGCGUCGAUGUUUCACCGCAUGCUCGCACAGGACCACGCGGGCCAGCCCCCCGCCAUGUCCGGAGGUGCGGGGUCGGCAGGGGGCCCGCCGCCGGGCGUCCGGAGCCCGGUGGCACGACCCAUAACCAGCGGCGCGGCAGGCGGGGCGGGUGGCAGCCGCUUUCAAGGAGGGCCUGCGGCAGGCGGAGCUGGCCCGAGCGGAAGCACUGUGCGCGCAAGCGGGUACGGCGGCAACGCGAAUGGCGGUGGCGGGUCCAUGUCGGGCGGGACGAGCACAGGCGGUAGCGGUGUGACGAGGCAGCACGUGGCGGCGCGGGGCCCGCUGGAAGGCUUAGGCGAGCGGUUUGCGGACUACAGCGGGGGCGGAAGCGGCAAGGAACGGCGCGCGCAAGUCACCCACCGAUUCCCCUCGUCGCGGUCCGUGUCUGCCGUGCAGUCACAUGCCCACGACCACGACCGCUCGCCGGACUCUCCCGUCCGCGCUACGGGCACGGGCAUGCGCGCGGGAGCGGGCGCGGGGGGGAGUCAGAACCACAAAGAACAGGUGGGGGAAAUGGGGAUGGCCCAAAGAGACGCGCAGGCACAGGGAAUGGGGCGAGGCGCGGGGGAAAAGUCAAGCCCGUGGCCCGACGACGACUCUCCCAUGCGCUCCCCCCCCGACGUCGCGCGCCUCUCUUUCGACUCCGCCGAUCAUCAGCCUCCGCGCGCUGCGCGGGUGGGCUCGCCCGCAGCUGGGGGGAGGCCAGCGCCGUCGGGAAGUGGAGCUCCGCGCGCAGCAAUGGGCCCGGGUUCGGGGAGGGGGUCGGGGAAAGGCGACGGGGCGUGGGGCGGCGCAGCGGAGGCGGUGGCGGGUCGCGUGCGGGAAGGCGCGGACAUUCGCCCCCAGGCGCUGCCGCGCCCCAACAGCAGCGGCGGCGUGCGCAGGGCGGCGGGGGUGGCAGGCGGCGGAGUGGACCGGUCGCGGUCGACGGACGGCAGUCCGGACCCCGGCGACAUGGGGAGUGGCGGCGCGCGGGGGGGCAAGGAGGAGGGCGUGUGGGGGCGCAAGGCGAAGGGCAAGGCGGGGCAGCCCAUCACGGAGGAGGCGCUGGAGCAGCAGCUCAAGCUCUCCGCCCACCGCCUCUCCGCCGUCUCCCCCGCCUACUCCACCUCCCCGCCCCACUCCCCUCCGCGCGCCUCCUCCUCGCGCCCGCAUCCCGCGUCUUCCACCUCUUCCACUGCCGGAGCUUCUGCUUCGCCUGCGCAGACCUCCCCCGCAGCCAGCCGUCCCGCCGGGCGCAAUCCGCCGAUGCGGAUGACUGCGCGCAGCGCCAGCGGUACCUACUUCAGCUCGGCCGCCGCUGCUGUGGCGGCCGUGGGCGCAGGGCAAGGGAUGGGCGGGGAGGGAGACAUGCGCGGGGGGCGUAAGUACGGCGGGACUGGCGAUUCUGCCGUUGGGGGGGCACAGGGGGGUGCACCUAUGCGCGGUGGAGGGGGGAGUUACGGCGGUGGUGCUGGCAGCGGUAACGUUGGCGGUGCAGCAGCGGCGGUGGCGGCGGCAGCAGGCAGCGGCGGCACCAACAGGCUGCGCCCGUUUGAGGAGCCCACGCCCGCCAAUGCGCGCCCCAAGCCGCGCCACAGGCGCAGUGAGAGUGCGGGCCCGGGGUACUUUGUGGGCGGAGGGGGCAUCUGGGGCGCCGUGGCGGGCGCCAGCAUGGCGCCGAAUCUGGGCGCGAACGGCCCCCAGGCGCUGGCGCUCAACUUCCUGGCGGGCGCACAGCAGAGCGACGCCGUGGUCAGCAGCGGGGGCAGCGCGCACGCCCGCGCGCAGGGCGCACAGGGCAAGGUGGGCGCAGGUGCUGGCGGGACAGCUGGCGGAGGGGGCAUGGCGGGACGGGUGGGGAGCAGCGGAGGAGGAAGGGAUGGGGCAAGCGAGAGUGGUGGGGCGGGGGCGACGGGAGGGGGAGUGGGGAGUGCGAUGGCGAGCAGCAUGGGCGUGGAGGCGGUGCGAGCAGGGCUGUCCGCCAUCCGCACAGGUGGGCACGGCAGCGCCAAGCACAUCAACCUCGGUGCCUUCGCCAACCAGGGACCCGCCGCUGCCGCCACCACCGCUGCAGCCGCCACCGCAGCAGCAGCAGCGGCGGCGGCAGCAGCAGCAGUGGGGCCGGACGGGUCGAUCCCGCUGAGCACGAACCUGAAGCUCAAGGUGCGUGGAGGCAUGUCCAUCAGCGUGCCGCACAGCAACACCGCCGUCAGCCCGCGCGUGUCCUCCUCCGCCACUGCUGGCGCCUCCGCCAGCACGCCCACGCACGCCAGUCCGCGCAGCGGCAUCAACUCGCCGUUCAACAUGGCGAGUCCGCGCGAGGGCGUGAGUCCGCUGGCCAGCCCCAUGCUGCCACUGGACCCCGAGAAGCUGUGGGCGCUGCAGAACUUCCAGCGCUCCACUCCCGUCUCCACGCCCACCGCCUCGCCCCGCCCCGGCUCCCUCUCGCCCCCGCCCGCUGCGCCCCCGCGCACGCCCAACGUGAGUGACUACUACUACAGCGCCAAGUCGGGCGAGGCGGGCAGCCCGCGCGCCGUGGAGGAGGAGCAGGUGGAGGAGACGCCGGCGACGGCGAACGUGCUGCAGAAGGACGUGGUGGAGCUGAGCGAGCUGUACCGGCUGUCGCGCAAGGAGCUGGGCCGCGGCAACUUCGGGGUCAUCCGCGUGUGCGAGAAGCGCGACUCCGGGGAGCGGUUUGCAUGCAAGACCAUUGAGAAGAAGAACCUGGAGGUACGCAGGGGGACGGGGGGAGGGGGCGGACUGGGGAAGGGGGGGAGGGGGCGGAGUGGGGAAGGGACGGGUGAUGGGAAAUGUUGGGAGGACGUGGAGGACGUGCGGCGGGAGGUGCAGGUGAUGGAGAUGCUGAGGGACCACGCCAACGUCAUCAAGCUCGUAGACACCGUUGAGUCCCAAAAGGAGGUGCAUCUGAUAAUGGAGCUGUGUGAGGGCGGGGAGCUGUUUGACCGCAUCCAGGACAAGGGCUACUACAGCGAGCGCCAGGCCGCCAAGGUCACGCGCACCGUGGUGGACGUGCUGCAGCACUGCCACUCGCACGGCGUGCUGCACCGCGACCUCAAGCCCGAAAACAUCCUGCUCACCAGCAAGCGCAGCGACACGCGCGUCAAGGUCAUCGACUACGGCAUGGCCUACAUCUUCCAGCCAGGCGAGCGGUGCACGUUCAGAGCAGGCACGCCGAACUACAUCGCGCCCGAGGUGAUAAACAAGAACUACGGCGUGGAGGCGGACGUGUGGAGCGCAGGCGUGAUCCUGUACAUCCUGCUGUGCGGCCUGCCGCCCUUCUGGGGCGACACUACGGAGGAGAUCUUCAAGAGCGUGCUGUGGGGCCACCUGGACUUUGACACCGACCCCUGGCCACAGGUGUCGGACGCGGCCAAGGACCUCGUGCGCCGCAUGCUGUGCAAGAACUACGCCAAGCGCAUCACCGUCGAAGCCAUCCUGC